AUGCUCAGCAGCAGAUGCCUCUCACGCGCCACACUUCGAGUUCACCAGGCCCCGCGCACCAGUAGGAACAUUACCUCCAGAUCAUCGUAUCCGAGCAGAGCAAGAGCAAUACCCCACCCGUACGCGCAGCGCCGCCAGCAGCGCUUUGUCCGUUCCGUCGUCGCCGUCACAGCCCUCUGGGCCACCGCAACUGCAUGGCAGUGGUAUAAUGGAGAGAAGUUCCUCCGCGAGGUGCAUGCGGAGGAGCCGCCACAGGAGCAGCAAGAGCUGAACUUUGAGGAGCCCCGGCGGAAAGCGAAGUCGGAGGAAGACAACAGGAACAUUAUCAGUUCGCAGCAUCUGCAGGUGCAAAAAAGCUGGGAGAAUCCUGGAGUAUAUGCAUGGGGGUCAAAUUCCGGCAAGGUGGUGGCACCGGACUCUAAUGAGACUUUCAUAAAAUCACCGCGACGGAUACCUUUCUUCGAUGGAAAAUUGCUGAGGGAUAUCAAGAUGGAUAGAGCCUUUGGCGCUGCUAUCGACGAGAGAGGCGAUCUGCUGCAAUGGGGGACCGCUUUUUCCAAGGAGACGACACAGCCGACACCGACAUUGAGGGGAAAGAACUUGUCAUCCCUCUCAAUUUCUCGAGACAGAAUCAUAGCGCUUUCCAAAUCGGGCGAUGUAUAUUCGAUUCCUGUUUCGCAACAAGAACAACGGACUGGCCCCAAGCCAGCCUCCACAUCGUGGAUACCUUUCUGGGGAUCGUCGAACGACGUCUCCUACCGCCUCCGUACACCACAAAACCUCGCAUGGAGCGAACGCGUUACACAAAUCUCGUCUGGUUUAGAGCAUGCAUUAAUGCUCACCUCGGCUGGACGCGUCUUCUCCUUUGCCUCCGGAACCGAAGACUUCCCGCGCAAAGGCCAGCUCGGUGUCCCAGGCCUGACCUGGGAAACGCGCCCAGCGGGUGCUUUCGAUAAUCCGCAUGAGAUCACGACCCUCAAAGGCUUUCCCAUACAACACAUCGCAACCGGAGACUUCCACAGUCUUGUCAGUGAUGCAGCCGGGCGAGCCUUUGGCUUCGGCGACAACUCCUCCGGCCAGCUAGGCUUCGACUUCAAUCCCGAAGCCAUGUUCAUCGACGCGCCCUCCCUCCUUCCCACACAACGCCUCUACACUGGCACCGCCCAACAAGCCUCUGUAACCAACGUUUUCGCUGGUGGCAACACCUCUUUCCUUACCAUCGAGGCCACCAAGCCUGUCGCCACCGCUCGCGACUCCACACGCGUGCAAGCCGACGUUUGGGCAUUCGGAUUCGGGCUCACAGGCCAGCUUGGUAACGGCCGCUGGACGCACAAUCAGUCCUCACCCACCAAGCUGCCCACAUUUUCAGGGCUGUAUGAGUACGACGAGCCCACGAGCACCGUCAUACCAAUCAAGCUCGCGUACAUGAGCAUCGGCGCGAACCAUGCUUCCGCCGUGAUGGACAACGUCGCCUCCGUCGCUGUUCCGGCGACCUCCCGUCGUUCUUCGAAAUUGACGCCCAAUGACACAAAUUGGGGCCGCGACAUUCUCUUCUGGGGCAAUAACGAGUACUACCAGAUUGGCACAGGGAAGCGGAGCAACGCACCGAACCCGACCUAUAUCCAGCCGCUAGACCAGGCGGCCGAGGCGGAGCGCGAGAAAGGACUAGGAUUCUUUGGGGAGAAGCGCGAGAAGGCGAUGCAUCGUUUCCAGAUUACGCCGAGGCAGAAGGUUAAGGUUAAUGGGAGGAAUGUCGAGAUGGAACAAAAGGUCGAGUGUGGACGGGGUUGCACGGCUGUGUACUCUGCUGUCUAG